AGGGGUUACACGAGGUUACAAGGGAUUACAGGUAGGUUAAAAGGGGUUACAAGGGGUUACAGGGGGUUACAAGGGGUUACAAAGGAUUACAAGGGAUUACAAGGGAUUACAAAGGGGUUAAAGGGAGUUACAGGGGGUGACAAGGAGUUAUAAGAGGUUACAAGAGGUUACAUGGGGCUACAAGAAGUUACAAGGGAUUACAAGAGGUUUACAGGGGGUUAAAGGGGGUUAAGGUGGGUUACAAAAGAGUUAUAAGGGCAUACAAGAGGUUACAGGGGCCUACAGGGGGUUACAAGGGGUUACAACGGGUUACAAGGGAUUACAGACGGGUACAACGGGUUACAAGGGGUUACAAGGGGUUACAAGGGAUUACAAGGGUUACAGUAUGUUACUGGCGGUAACGAGGGGUUACAGCGGGUUAAUGAGGGUUACAGUGGGUGACAAGAGGUUACAAGGGAUUACAAGGGGUUACAAAGGGUUCACAGGGGGUGACAGGGGGUUACAUGAGGUUACAAGAGGUUUUAAGGGGCUACAAAAAGUUUUAAGGGAUUACAAGAGGUUACAGGGGGUUAAAGGGGGUUAAGAGGAGUUACAAAAGAGUUAUAAGGGGUUACAAGAGAUUACAGGGGCCUACAGGGGAUUACUAGGGGUUACAAGGGAUUACAGGGAGUUACAGGUGGUGACAAGGGGUUACAAGAGGUUACAAGAGGUUACAGGAAGCUAAAAGAAGUCACAAGGGAUUACAAGAGGUUUACAGGGGGGUUAAAGGGGGCUAAGAGGGGUUACAAAAGAUUUAUAAUGAGUUACAAGAGGUUACAGGGGCCUACAGUGGGUUACAAGGGGUUACAACGGGUUACAAGGGAUUACAGGGGGUUAAAAGGAGGUAAAAGGGGGUUACAAAGGGUUACAGAGGGUUGCAACGGAUUUCAAGGGGUUAAAAGAGGUUACAGAGGGUUACAAGGGGUUACAGGGGGUUUAAAGGGGUUACAAGGGAUUACAAGGGGUUACAGGGGGUUACAGGGGGUGACAAGUGGUUACAAGAGGUUACAGGGGGUUACAAGGGGUUACAAGGGAUUACAGGGGGUAGCAGGGGGUUACAAGGGGUUACAAAGGGUUACAGAGGGGUACAACAGGUUACAAGGGGUUACAGAGGGUUACAAGGGGUUACAAGGGGUUACAAGGGGUUACAAGAGAUUACAAGAGGUUACAGGCUGAUACAGGGGGUUACGAGGGGUUAUAAAAGGUUAAAUGGGUUAAAAAGGUUACAGGAGGUUACAGGGGGUUGCAAGGGGUUACAAGGGGUUACAGGGGGUUACAGGGGGUGACAAGGGGUUACAUGGGGUUACAAGGGGUUACAGGAGGUUACAAGGGGUUACAAAAGGCUACAAGGGGUUACAAGGAGUUACAAGGAGUUACAUGGGGUUACAAGGAGUUACAAUUGAUUACAGGAGGUUACGGGGGGUGACAAGGGGUUACCAGAGGUUACAGGGGGUUACAAGGGGUUUCAAGGGGUUAAAAGGGAUUACAGGGGGUUACAGGGGGUUACAAGGGGUUACAAAGGCUUACAGAAGCUUACAACGAGUUACAAGGGGUUAAAGAGGGUUACAAGGGGUUACAAGUGGUUACAGAGGGUUACAAAGGGCUGCAAGUUGUUACAGGGGGUUACAAGGGGUUACAAGAGGUUACAAGGAGUUACAGGUGGUUACAGGGGGUUACAAAGGGUUACAAGGGGUUACGAUUGUUUGCAUAAAAUUAAAGGGGGUUAAAGGGGGUUAGAGGUUACAGGCCGUUACAAGCUGUUACAAAAGGUUACAGCGGGUUACAAGGGGUUACAAGAGGUUACAGGGAGUUACAGGGGGUUACAAGGAGUUACGGGGGGUUACAUGGGGUUACAAGGAGUUACAAGGGAUUACAGGGGGUUACAGGGAGUGACAAGGGGUUACCAGAGGUUACAGGGGGUUACAAGGGGUUUCAGGGGGUUACAAGGGUUUACAAGGGGAUACAGAGGGUUACAAGGGGUUACUAGGGAUUGCAAGAGGUUACAGCUCGUUACAGGGAGUUAGAAGGGGUUAAAUAGGUUAAGAAAGGUAACCGGAGGGUAUGAGCGUUUAAACGGUUACAAGGGAUGACAAGGGGUUACAAAGGGUUUUAGGGGGUGACAAGGGGUUAAAACAGGUUACAAGAGGUUACAACGGUUAGAGGGGAUUACAAGGGGUUACAAGGGGUUACAAGGGUAGAAUGGGUUGCAUUGAGUUACAGGGGGUUACAAGGGGUUACAAGGGAUUACAGGAGGUAACAGGGGGUUAGAAGGGGUUACAAAGGGUUACAGAGGGGUACAACGGGUUACAAGGGGUUACAAGGAAUUACAGAGGGUUACAAGGGGUUACAGGGGGUUACAGAGGGUUACAAGGGGUUACAAGCGAUUAGAAGAGGUUACAGGCUGUUACAGGGGGUUACGAGCGGUUAUAAGGGGUCAAAUAGGUUAAAAAGGUUACAGGAGGUUAUAGGGUGUUGCAAGGGGUUAGAAGGGAUUACAAGGGGUUACAAAGGGUUACAGAGGGUUACAAGGGGUUACAGGGGGUUACAAGGGGUUACAAGGGAUUACAAGAGGUUACAGUCUUUUACAUGGGGGUUAUAAGGGGUGAAAUAGGUUAAAAAGGUUACAGGCGGUUACAGGCGGUUGCAAGCUCUUAAAAGGGAUUACAAGGGGUUACAGGGGGUUAAAAAGGGUUACAGGGUGUUACAGGGGGUUAAGAGGGGUUACAAAAGGGUUAUAACGGGUCAUAAGGGAUUAGAAGGGGUUACAGUGGGUUAGAAGGGGUUACAAAGGCUUACAGAGGCUUACAACGGGUUACAAGGGGUUACAGAGGGUUACAAGGGAUUAAGGGAGGUUACAGCUGGUUACAGGGAGUUACAGGGGGUUAAAUAGGUUAAAAAGGUUACAGGAGGUUAUGGGGGUUUAAAGGGGUUACAAGGGAUUACAAGGGGUUACAGGGGGUAACAAGGGGUAACAACGUGUUACAAGGGGUUACAGCGGGUUACAGGGGGUUACAAGGAGUUACAAUUGAUUACAGGGGGUUACGGGGGGUGACAAGGGGUUACCAGAGGUUACAGGGGGUUACAAGGGGUUUCAAGGGGUUAAAAGGGAUUACAGGGGGUUACAGAGGGUUACAAGGGGUUAGAAGUGGUUACAGAGGGUUACAGAGGGUUGCAAGGGGUUACAGGGGGUUACAAGGGGUUACAAGAGGUUACAAGAAG